AUGGGAAAGGCGGCUCUGAGUCAAGGCCACAUCCUGACGCCGGAGAAGACAGCCCCAGACCAGAUCUCCAUCAGCCCGAAGAUGGAGAAACAGAGGAAUCACAAUAAUCCCCCGCCGCGGCAACCUGCCAACGGGGGCGCUAACUCGGAGGAAGAGGAUGAAGAUGAGUAUGAAGAAGAAGGGAUACAAAUCUACAUGGAUAGACCCGCCGAGCUUUCCUCGGGUCAAAGUUCCUGCAAGGACUCUGGUGAUUCGUCAGGGAACAGACCGCUGGCUGCGUCAGGGGACUCGGAGGUAUCAGAAACUGUAGCUGCGUUUGAGGGGCUCGAUCAACACGCGGCCAACGCUGAAGGAGAGGAGGUGUCUUUAAUCCCUGAGGGGGGUCAAACUGCAGUGCAGGGACAUGUCACAGUUGAGGUGGUGGAGGAGGAGGAAGAAGAGGAGGAGGAGGAGGUGAUGUUUGACAGCUCCGGCAAUGUCAAUCUGUUCUCAGUCACCCUCGCAGCACUGGAUGCACGUGAGGAGGAGGACAAGGAGAAUACAACAGGUUCUCUCACAGACUUUUUAAAACUGUCCGAUCUGGAGCCUCUACUGGCCACAGACUCGCAGGCUGAUUCCGACGAUCAGACAGCUGUGGCAUUAAAGCUGCCUACACAGGAAGACUUUAGUGAGACUGGGUAUGAAGGCAGACGUGUAGACACUUUGUCUGGCUGCCUCAGAACUUGUGAUGGCGAGAUGCAGCAUGAGGAGGAGGAGGAGGAGGAAAGGGAGGAGGAGGGCAGAUGCCGGUCAUUGAUGGUGGUAUAUCAUAGCUAA